AUGCUAGUGGCAUUGCUGUUGCUGGUACUGGCAUUGAGCAAUGGAGUGAGAGUGAAUGGUGAAAGAGGUGGUAGGCAAUGUGGGGUGAAUCCGUCGCUAAAGCCUAGGCCACAUAGUGUCUCUAUUUUGGAGUUUGGUGCGGUGGGAGAUGGUAAAACAUUGAACACUCUUGCAUUUCAGAAUGCCAUUUUCUAUCUCAAGUCAUUUGCUGACAAAGGUGGUGCUCAACUGUAUGUACCACCUGGAACAUGGCUUACUCAAAGUUUCAAUCUCACUAGCCAUCUUACCCUCUUUUUGGAAAAAGGUGCUGUCAUUGUUGGAUCUCAGGAUUCCCAUCACUGGGAAGUUGUUGAUCCUUUACCGUCAUAUGGUCGAGGACUUGAAGUUCCUGGAGGAAGAUAUCAGAGCUUGAUAAAUGGGUAUAAGUUACAAGAUAUGGUCAUAACAGGUAAUAAUGGAACCAUUGAUGGCAUGGGAUUGACUUGGUGGGAAUCAUUUAAAUCUCAUUCCUUGAACUACGGCCGUCCUCAUCUGGUUGAAUUAGUGGCAUCUAAUGAUGUGGUAGUUUCAAAUCUUACAUUCUUGAAUGCCCCUGCAUAUAACAUUCACCCGGUUUAUUGCAGCAAUGUACAUAUUCAUAAUAUCUCAAUCUUUGCUCCUCCGGAAUCCCCUUAUACUGUUGGAAUAGUACCAGAUUCUUCUGACCAUGUUUGCAUAGAGGAUUGUUCCAUUGCCACUGGUUAUGAUGCAAUCGCCCUGAAAAGUGGCUGGGACGAGUAUGGAAUUGCCUACGGUAGGCCUACCGAGAAUGUCCACAUCAGAAGGGUACAUCUACAAGCAUCUUAUGGCUCUGCUCUUGCAUUUGGUAGUGACAUGUCUGGUGGCAUUUCAAAUGUUGUUGUGGAGCAUAUUCAUCUCCACAACUCAAAAGGUGGCAUUGAGUUCAGAACUGUUAAAAGAAGUUAA